CCUCCACAAGUUUGACUCCAGAGAAGGCAAAGAACAUUAAAGAGAAAGGAGAAAGGCAUUUCCACAAGUUUAACAAGUCUAUUAAAAUCUCUCUUUCAUUCCAGAGAGAAAAGAAAAAUAGAGAUUGUGGAUUGUUUGCUCCGUUAUUAAAAUCUUUUAUUCAUUCAAGAGAGAAAACAAAAACAGAAGGAUGAGACGCGAGGGAAGACAACAUGGCUAUGUGCGAAACCACCUAACAACAAAGAUGAAGAUGAUGGUGGAAGAUGGAGUGAAAGAGAGGGAUUGUUGUUCCAAGGGGAAGGGGAAGGGGAAGUGGAAGUGCAGGGGGAGGGGAGGAUGUAGGUAUUGUGAGUUGGAGCCCGCCUCGAAAUCGAGAGGAAAGACGAAGGGACUCCGCAAGCACACCUCCACAGACCUCCUCUCCAGUUAUCGCGUGUAUGCAUGGAGAGUGGUGAUGGAUCACAACAACCCAAAUCGUCUUUCUUCUAAUAUCGGUCAAUCCUCCUCUGAUUUCAUCUCUUCUCUCGCUCAAGGAGAUGAUGAGUAUUUGGAAGAUGAUGAUGACAUCUCUCACACUUUAACAGAGGAGGCAGGGGAAGAAGUGAUUGAGAGUCCUCAUGUGCAGGAAGAAGAAGAAGAGAAACUUGAGGAGGUGGAGGUCACCGAAUUCAGCUCUUGUGACAGCGAAUCGUGGACAACAGAAAAUCUGUGUGAGACUGAUUUGGAGGAGUGGUGUUUGGUUGAUGAGAACAUUCAGUGUAUAUGAAUAUAAUGGCAAUCUGCUUAUUGCCUAAUAUCAUCAACCUGCAAUUUCACAUUCCUUUGAUGUAACCCUUUUUUAUUUUUAUUUUUAUAAUGUAAAUAUUGAUGUCAUUAUUAUGUAAAUAUUGAUGUUCUUAUAUGUAAUAGUAAGUCUACAUGCACACAUUCCUUUA